AUGUAUGAAGAUUGUAUUACUUUCUCAGACACGUGUCCUGAUGAUAAAUUCCAGUGCAAAGGAGGAUGGUGUGUUGACAUAGAUAAUCUUUGUAACGGUUGGAAUGACUGCGGAGAUAAGUCCGACGAAGAGAACUGCACAGAAUUGUGUCCUGCCCAAUACCAAUGCGCAUCUGGUGUAUUUUCGGGUGGUAACACGCCUGCGAAAUGUAUACCACUUUAUGAGAAAUGCGACAAAUUUGUUGACUGUAGUGGUGGCGAUGAUGAAGAGAACUGUGAUUAUGACACGUGUCCUGAUGAUAAAUUCCAGUGCAAAGGAGGAUGGUGUGUUGACAUAGAUAAUCUUUGUAACGGUUGGAAUGACUGCGGAGAUAAGUCCGACGAAGAGAACUGCACAGAAUUGUGUCCUGCUCAAUACCAAUGCGCAUCUGGUGUAUUUUUGGAUGGUAACACGCCUGCGAAAUGUAUACCACUUUAUGAGAAAUGCGACAAAUUUGUUGACUGUAGUGGUGGCGAUGAUGAACAGAACUGUGAUUAUG